AUGGACGAAGAGCAAUCCCCCUUGAUGCGGAUCCCCGCCGAAAUCCGCAUCAUGAUUUACGAAUACCUCCUCGACGACGCUGGUGAAAGAAGACUCGCCGUCCGCAAUAAGGCAAUGCAUCAGCUGCACAACGGCGCCCUGAGCACCUACCGCCGCACCUCAUACCGUAUCAUCGAGAGGUCCUUUCACAGGCAAUGCUUCUUGACGACGUACGCGCAUCACCACCCGGCUAGCCCCAAGUCUAUAUGCACCCCGAAAUCAUGGCCGUCAACCGCCGCAUCCACCGUGAGACGAGUCACCUUCUUUACGGCCGCCCGCACGGCUUCGAUUUCGGAACUUACCAUCCGCAAGGACGGGCCUGUGAUGCAUUGCAAUAGUGAGAGUGACCGGCUGGACUGGGCUACCAUGUGCGCCUACCUCGGCCGGCUGGAUAAGGCGAUACCUAGGCUGCGUAUCAUCGUGGAGGGCGGAAGACCAACGGCGGCGUGGGAGGGGCCGCAGGUGCUGAGCGUCUCAGAUCUGAGGUUGCUGGCGCUCAUUAAGCACGAUAGCAUGGAGUGGGUCGCUGAGCUGGCCAAGGUCGAGGGGAUUGAGCAGCUGGAGAUUGUGCCGAGGAUACGACAUCUCCCUGCGCCCGGCACGACGGCAACACUGUUGUUUGCUGCAUUUUCAGCGUCAAUUGACACGGCGCUUGUUGAGUAUCUCCAGACGGACUGUGGGCUUCCUGCUACGGCUGUGUCCCUCACAGCUUGA